UGUCCUUUUUCUGAAGGUUCUGGUACUUGACUUCUUGUUUGUUUCUGUUUGCCUGAUUGUCUAAGCUUUGAAAUAAAAGAGGAAGAAGUAGAAUUUACCUUUAUUUUCUUUGGAUCCUAUAUUUCUUGAUUGAUGUUAGGAGAUAGGAUGGAGGAGGAAGAGGAGGUUUCAUCAGGAAGUUCUUCACUGUUAGGAUGGGUUUCCAAGGUUAAGACCAUGGCUUGGGAAGCAUACAAAAGCAAGCCAAUUUCACGUUGGAUUCUUCUAUUUCUAAGCACUUUGGGGAUGCUUGUGGCAUUUCCUGCUUCAAGCCUUCUAUCUCGUGUCUACUUUGCUAAUGGGGGAACCAGCAAAUGGAUCAUUUCAUGGGUAGCAGUUGCCGGAUGGCCAAUACCUGCUAUGAUCUUAUUUCCUACGUACCUGUUUUUUAAAACUUCCCCUACUCCUCUCAAUUUAUAUCUGUUCCUUUCUUAUGUUUUUCUGGGGCUCUUAAGUGCUGCUGAUAAUCUCAUGUAUGCAUAUGCCUAUGCCUAUCUCCCGGCAUCAACUGCAGCUCUUUUGGCAUCAUCAUCCCUAGUCUUUUCUGCACUGUUUGGUUUCUUGAUUGUGAAGAACAGACUGAAUGGUUCAAUAAUAAAUGCUAUUGUGAUAAUAACUGCUGCUGUGACCUUGAUUGCAUUAGAUUCAGAUUCUGAUAGGUAUCCCAGUAUCACUAACAGCCAAUAUAUUUGGGGUUUUGUAUGGGAUAUCUUGGGAUCAGCACUCCAUGGCCUUAUCUUUGCUCUUUCAGAGUUGAUUUUUGUGAAGUUCUUGGGCAGAAGGUCCUUACAUGUUGUUUUGGAGCAACAAGUCAUGGUUUCAUUCUUUGCCUUUGUGUUUACUACAAUUGGGGUAGUAGUUAACCACGAUUUCCAAGGAAUGGUAUCCGAGGCUAAAACUUUCGAGGGUGGGGAAACUGCAUACAAUCUGGUUCUUAUUUGGGGUGUAAUUACUUUUCAGUUUGGUGUGUUAGGAGCCACUGCUGUGCUUUUCCUGGCGUCCACUGUGAUGGCUGGUGUUCUGAAUGCAGUUAGGGUACCACUCACAAGCAUUGCUGCUGUCAUACUGUUACAUGACCCGAUGAGCGGCUUCAAGAUCCUCUCUCUGGUCAUAACCUUUUGGGGAUUUGCUUCCUACAUCUAUGGCACUUCCCCUGGGAGCAAGUUAUCCCGAUCAUAAAUUUCUGUUGAGAAUUAUGUUCCUUCAGUUUUGCAAGAAUUUUACUUGGUUUUGUUGUAUUGAAUUAUGUUGGGAGUCCGUUGUGACAAGGAAAUGCGUACUCAUUAUCUGACAUUGGGAUUGUAAAGACAAUUUUUGUGCUACUAGCCUACUACUUCUGCAUACCGGGUUUUUUUAUUGGAUCUCUAUUUUUGGGCUUUGCGAGAUCAAAACAUCAUAAUUCGACUAAAUCAUAGAUUUAUGCAGCUAAUAUUCCAGGAAAGGUCCUGGGCUGAAGGUACACGAAACAGAAUUGAUAUGAUAAAACCAACUUUCCUCUAAUAUACGGCGUGCGUAUCACUAGAGAGAGGGUCUACGAAUACCUACAGAAAUUCCAGCGAUAAACACAAAUUGGUUCAAGAACUAUCCCA